GCGGGCUCGUGGACAUGGCUUGCCCUGCCAUUCGUCGAGCUUCCCAGGUGGCCUGGGCCAGCGUUGCCCGUGGUGACGUUCUGGCUCAAGCAUGCGUGCAUCGGCAGAGCGUUGGCCGAGUGCUGGCGCCGCGUCUGGGCCGCCCUUACCCAUUGGCCAUGAAGCGGCCAGCCGCUGCCAUGACGAGGCCUGGCGCCGCGUCCACCGCGGUUGGCGUCCCAUGUUCGUUCGAGGCGAUGGCGGUGCAAGCUGGUCUCUCCGACAGCGCAUCGCAGGGAGAGAUCAUCAGGGUGGCUGAGGCGCUGACACGGGAGUUCUGGUCGUGCCCUCGCUAUAUGGACGCAGCGGAGAUGUUCAGCGGAAGCGGCAAGCUCGCGCGCUGGAUGAGACGGGCUGGCCUCCAAUGCCCAGAGUUCGACAAGUACGGAAGGGGCGAGUCGGAGGACGUCUGCACCCUCGCUGGCAUGGCCUUUGCGUGUCGGAUAGUGCUGAGCAUCAAGCCGAAGGGGACGCUCGUGAUUGCCCCUCCGUCCCGUGAGUGGGCAGGCGACAUGCUGCGCAUCAACGGGAGGGGCGACCUCGUCAAUGGCAAGAUAUCGGCCGGAGGCAUGGAGGCGAACGACCUGGCGCCCGCAGUCGCGCACUUCAUCGCCAUGUGCGUCGUGAGGGAUGUGUUCUUCAUGGUCGUGAUGCCGUUCGACUGCCAGUCGUUCUUCGAGUACCCAGCGGUCAACAGCGCCCUGCGUCUGGGCCGCGCCGCCAUCACCACGACCUACCAGGGCAAUUGGCAGAGGAUCUCUACGAACAAGAGGACGCUGGUGAGCUCGAACAUCGCCGAGGACAAGAUGGCCAGGGACGUCGUCAAGUGGAGCGACGGCACCUACGAGCUCAACGAGUGGACGUUCUUCUACGACGGCUUCGCGAAGGAGCUCGUGGCGGUGGUCGCGGCAGCCGCCGAGUUGCCGCAUCCAGUGUUCGAGGCAGUGUUGGUCAAUGACUCGGAGUCGGACUAG